AUGGCAUGGGAAGGCAAUGAUUUUAAAGAUGCGGUACCCAUUAGUGAGCAUUUGGUAUUAGGUGAUAUUUAUACCUCUUUUCACAUAAGAAAAUAUGAAAUUAAAGCUCAUAUGACGAGUCAGGGCCCUGAAAGAAUUACUAAAUAACCUCAUUUAGAGGCCUAUUUACUCCGCAGUUUUGACAGAAAUGAAAUCGUUAUGCUCGGAUCUUGGGUGGAAACAUGUACUAUGUUAGUAGGUAAAUGAACGCCUCAGAUAGCGAACGAAUCCUCAUAAUGCCCCAGAGGAUAGAUUAUGGCGGACCGUACUUGAUAUUCAGGUUUCCACUGGAAAGGAAACUUAUCUAAAAAUUAUCUAUAGAUGGAAGGGGUCAAGUAAUUGAUGCGAGAUGCUUCUAAACUGAUUUCAUUUGCCAGUUUAGACAAAAACAGGGGUAAAGUAAUGGAUUUGUAUAAUAUAUUUCACAGAAACAUGAAAUCAAAGUGGGCGAUAAAGUGGCAGGAGGACAUGGAAAUAUGGGUAGUAUUUCCCAAUUUUUAUUCUUAUCUAGGAAAAAAUUGGUUUUGAACCCUUGAAGAGCCUGGUUAAUAUGGUUUUGAAGAGCAAGAGGCUUUGAAUGAAUGAGGGACAGAUAUUUGAAUGCUCACUCAGCUUAACGGGCGAUUUAUUUCAAAAUAGAUGUUAUAGAGUAGCCCCUUUCGAUGGCAGAUACGAGCAAGAGGCUUCGAGAAAACCAGUGUUUUCAGAAUUAUAUGAAGCUAGUAAGCAAAGAAAAAAUCCAUGGGUAUUUGAACCCGAAUACCCAGGAAAAAGUUAAAUAUUUGAUGGAAGAACCAGAGAUCCUGCCCUAAUAGGAAAGUUCUAUAUACUUCAAUUAAUUCGUCAAUGUGAUGAUACAUACAAUCCAUGAACGUUCCACUGGACAUUGUACGCUUGUUACACAACAACCCCUUAGCGGAAGGGCAAAAGACGGGCACAACGAGUGGGAGAAAUGGAAGUUUGGGCUUCAGAAAGAUUUGAUGUUGCUCAUAUCUUAUGA